AUGGCAUCUCCACCAGAAGAUUGCCACUUCCCUUCAUUGGCAGUCGAGAAGCUUCAACUCUCAGACGUUGAAAGCAUCUUUGAUCUAGUUCAAAAUGAUGAUGUGGACUGGGCGCCAUUUCGGGUCUCGUUUGACAUGCCAGGUGACUUCGCGUUCUUUCUCAACAUGAUUGACGCCUCAGUCUCCCGGUCUGAUGGAAUGCAUGAAGUCGCAAUGCGACUUCGGCUCGGCCUUCUUCUCAGUGCGGUGCACUCUACAUCCCCUGAUCCAAGUACUCCGGAAUUGCCCUGGGUCCCCCUCUCAACCGGGUAUCGUUUUCUUUUCGAGCCAGUUGUCUACAAGAAGGGGAUGUACCGCCUACAGGGAGUCCCUGUGUUUUCUUUGUGGUACAUUGAGUCAUCUGGGAGUGAUAACGCGGCCGUCAAUUUCGUCAUCGUGGAAACAAAGAAAGGGGAGUCUUCUCACGGUGUUCCUCAGGCUCUUGCGUACAUGGGUGAGUGA